ACAUACUUGUGUUAAUGCUGUACUAUGGCUGCUACACAAUAUGCUGCCACAUUAUUGUUUAAACAUGCCUUGUGUUCUGUACAUACAUACAUACAUAAAUCAAUGUUUUUUUACUGGUAGACAUUCUCUCUGUUACCCAAACCCUAUGUUGUUCAAUCAUGGCCCAUGGUCCGCGUUUUAUGUUUCAAACUUUGUGUUUUUCUUUCUUUCAAAGUUAACUUGCUGUUGUAUAAUGGGCCAACAGCAGUGAUUAAUGUUUUCUCAUUCGCUGUCACGACUCUUGCUUUCUAGUCCUCUACCCGCCACCUUUUUAAUUGUAUUCUUCUAUUUUGUUUGCAGGCAUAGAUUUAGGCAUAUUUGCUCAAUAUUUUACCACAGAAUGACAAAGUGUGGACGUUAUUCUUUUAACCCAUCAAUUUUUUUCACUCGAUUAGUCCAUGUGGCAAUCACUGUAGGAAUAUCUUCUAUUUUGCUGUUUAAACAAACAGUGCUCCGAACACAUUUAGAUGAUGGGCACUACUUUGUUCCUAUUUUAUACAUCACAUCAGCAUGUGUGUCUCUUGUGUUGUACUUCAUUGUAGCGUGUAUGGAUCCUGGGUUUGUGAAGAGAGGGGACCCUGAUGUGGAAGAGAUCAAAUUGAUCCUCGAUGAAGACGACGGCGACGACAUCUCGUUAUACGAGGUGAAGAAGAUGAACAUGGAUGAGUGGAAGGAUGAGAUGGAGCAUGGGGGGGAGAGUGAGAGCACCAAGAUCUUGGGGAACAAGAAGGGAAUCGAGCCACGAGUGGAUGUUUCAACCAAAUGUUUCAACCUUGAACCUCAUCAACGAUGUGGGUUGUGUGGCUUACAGCGUCCAGUUAGGGCUCGCCACUGCCGUGAAUGCAAACAUUGUGUGCGAAAGUUUGACCAUCAUUGUCCAUGGGUGACUAACUGUGUGGGUGAGAGGAAUCAUCGCUGGUUCUGGUGUUUUAUUACUUUAGAAGUCAUCAUGUUGUGUUGGAGUAUUUCUAUAUCAGUGUCAGGAUACCAAUCUGCCCCUGAAUCAUCCAACUGGGCGACACAAAAUGUUAUAUUGUUGUUGAUUGAUCUACUUAUGGGGAUUCUACUACUUGUUGUGUUUGCUCUCUUCUGUAUUCACACAUACAUGAUACUUAACAAUCAUACGACAUGGGAGACCAUGAGCAGACAUAGGAUUUCUUAUCUCAAGGGAAUGUCAGAGUCGGAGAAUCCAUUCAACCUUGGCAUAUGUCGUAACGUCUAUACCUUUUUCUGCCAUAUUAAACCAUUCGACUGGACAGUGGUUUAUUCUAAAGCCCGAAGCAAAAUGAAACGAAUGAGUGAAUUCGACAGCGAUGAUAGUGAAGCUAGUGAAAGAGAUGAACUGUGUGAAAUAACUGUCAAUCAAACAUAAAAAUCAUACAUAAACACCUGGGGUAUUCUCAUCUUCUGGUGUUGCUAUGGUUACUGAGUAUUUUAAGCCGGCGACUAAAUUCUGAGCAUGAAACAGAAGAUCCAAAUUAGUCUGUGAUUUGUUGAGCUGUUAGAUAAGAAUACUACCCCCUGUUGGAUUAUACAUUGGAUACGGUUUAAAUUGGUGACAGAAAAUCCUACCCAAUAGUUCUUCAAAAAAUUUGUUUUGAUUUAUAUGAAUCGUGAAUCUUAAACACAACCAGAGUUUUAUUUACAUUUUGAACAUUUGAUUUAGAUUUCCAAGAAUUGUUUAUAUUUCAAGUUAAAUCAAUAUUGGACGACUGAAUUAAUUAUUUCAUGUAUUUGAAUUCUCUACCACUCUGCAUAUUUACAUUACUUCAAGGUAGCAUGUCAGAAUACUAGUGUUCUUAAAUUAUAAGCUUUAAACUAUUGAAUUGCUUUGCAUUUUCUACUCUAAAAAACAUGUAAAAAAUUAUACCCAUUUGAUAUUUGCAGUGAAGUUAUAGUACUGUGGGGUAAGAUGGAUAUUCAUAUUGUCAGCACAUAAUAUCCCAUAUUUCAUAAUUGUGUUUCAACAAUACUAUGUUAGAAUCGUGAGAAUUUGGUUUUUUAAUUAGUAAAUAUUCUUUGUUUACUAUCAAAUGGGACGAUAAAAAUAAAUAAAAACAUGUUCCAUCUUACCCCAACCUAUCAUAUUGCUUGAAUUUAUAAGCGCUUCAUGUAAGAUGCUUCAUUUUACUUUGAAUUUUAAAGUGUUGACAACUGUGAAGUAACAUUAUCUAUAACUGUAUGUAUUUGGUGUAAGCUUUGAUCCACUGUUAUUGAUUCCAAAUAUUUAUACCAGUAUAUAUUUAUAACCACAUAAUACCAACAUGUCAUGUUUUAUAUGACUAUUUCAGAAUUACUACUUUUCGUAACGGAUUUCCUAUUUUUCAAAUUAUAGUUGGAAUUUAUCCACAUUUUGGAUUAUGUAUUAUUAAAAAAUUAGAAAUUAAAAGAUACCCAAUUUAAAAAAAAUAUUUUGGUUCUUUUAUUAUGUAU